CACAAAUCAUGGAGAAGUUUGGCAUGAACUUUGGAGGUGGCCCGAGUAAAAAAGAUCUUCUGGAGACUAUCGAAUCACAGAAAAAGCAGCUUCUUCAGUACCAGGUUCGGCUGAAGGAUGUCGUCAGAGCCUACAAGAGCCUACUCAAAGAGAAGGAGGCGUUGGAAGCCAGCUUGAAAGUGUUGUCCGUGUCUCAUGAGGCAGAUGUUGGCUUGAGCAGUGCUCAGCCUGCGUCUGUGGCUAGCUCCAGUUCUUCCUUUGCCGAUUCUGCUGAUGACAGGAGCUCAGUUCACAGCGAAGAUAGCGUGGGGACAGCUACCAGUGCAGACACUGCUGCCAGUCUGGCCAGUACCAAGGGUGAGCCAGGGCCUGAGGAUGAUAAGCCCACGGCCGCCGCUUCCUCUCUUAAAUCAGAAGAGACGAGCGGUUCAGAGAGUGGCAUCAGCACGAGCAGUGGGGAUGUGUCAUCUGCUGCUGGUGAGGCUGAUAAAAGAGUGCUCCAGCUGAAGACCCAGCUGGCCACUUUGACCAGUGCUCUGUCAACAGUCACGCAGGAGAAGUCCCGCAUGGAAGCCUCAUACCAAGCAGACAAGAAGAAGAUGAAGCAGGACCUGGAUGAUGCCAUUAAGAAAGCAGAGGACGAGACCAAGAAGUUGGAGACAGAGCUGAAGUCUGUCCAGGAACAGCUAGCCGAGACCAAAGCCCGUCUGAUCACGCAGCAGCACGACCGAGCCCAGGAACAGAGCGACCAUGCUGUUAUGCUGCGAGAGCUACAGAAGCUGCUGCAGAGCGAGAGGACUCUGCGCCAGGAUGCAGAGCUGAAGCUGGAGGAGACCAGGGAGGUGUUGGCCGGGAGGGUGUGUAUGGCUGACCGUGCCGAGGGGUAUGAGCAGCAGAUCAAGCAGCUGAGCCAGGAGGUAGAAGACUUGAAGAGAGAGCUGCAAGCUGUUCAGGAGGAGAACAACAAGCCAGACCCCCGGAUACAGGAUCUGCAGGAGGAGAUGGCCAGCCUUAAGAACCACUUCCAAGUGCAGCUGUUACAAGAGAUGAAGAAGACUGCACAGGCAGAGGAGCAGCUCCGCCAGCACGCCCAGAUGGAGGAGCAGCGAGUGGCUGACUUGGAGGGCCAAGUCUCCGAAGUGUCAGAACUACUUGGGACUUAUGAAAAAGCCAAGCAGAAAGACCAAGUGAUCAUUCAGAAGCUAAAGGACCGCAUUGUACAGUUGGACCUGGAGAACAAAACCCUGGCCAUCGCUGCCUCCAGCCGGUCGCCUGUUGAUAUUCACAUAGAAGAAGCCAAUCUUGAUGUUAAUGUUCUAAAGGAUAAAAUGGAGAAGCUGAAAAAGCUCUUGCAGGCAGCAGCUAAGAAGAGUCAACCCGCUCUGGACAUCGAGAAGCUGUGUGAGCUGGAGCUGCCAAAGGGCACUGAGGCUGGGGACGGUGAGAAGGCCACUGCUUUGUACUAUCAGCAGGAGCUGAAGCAGCUGAAGGAAGAGUUUGAAAGGUACAAGAUGAGGGCACAAGUGGUUCUCAAGAACAAGUCGGCCAAAGACGGCAAUCUGGCUAAAGAACUGGAAGAAGCUCAAGAGCAGCUGGCUGACCUGAAAGAGAAAUACGUGGUGCUUCAGCUGUCCUCUGAUGAAAUGGAGAAGCAGCACCAGCAAGACAUGGAAGCCAAGAAGCAAGAGUUGUCCCAGCUGCAGCAAAUUCACAGGCAGGAAUUAGAGCGAUGCCAGCUGGACUACAGGGAACGGGCGCUGAAGCUGGAGGAGGAGAUGCACAAACAGCGGGACCGAGCCCUGGCGGUGCUGGCAGAAAAGGACCAAGAGCUGGAGCAGCUGAGAGCUGUCACGUUGCCUUACGGGCUUCAAGGAUCCAAAAACUACCUAGUGUCAGGGACUGACAUUACUAGCAAUGACUCACCAGGUAACAAUUCCUCAGAGAUUCUCCCCCAGGCUCUUCAUCUCUCCACCACCAGUGAGCCUACCUUCUUCUUGUAUGCAGAGCAGCUGGCUCGCAAAGAAGUGGAAAUUGUAGCGCUGAGGAAGCAGAAGCACAAGCUGGAAGUGCAAGUUCACCAGCUCCAGGAAAAAAUCUUGGUUGAGGAGGAGAAGCACCGGGAGGAGAUAUCCGCACUUCAAAGUGAAAUUGAGAAGAACUUCAGAGAUAAGAGCAGAGAGGGAGCCAACCUGGAAUACCUCAAGAACAUUGUCUAUAGAUUUUUGACGCUGCCAGAUUCUCUUGGUCGCCAGCAGACUCUAACUGCCAUAUUGACUAUUCUGCAUUUCAGCCCAGAAGAAAAGCAAACUAUUACAAAACAGUCAGCUUACAGCAGCUGGUGGCUUUCUGGGAAGAGAUGAGAUGGUAGCUUUUAUUCCUAACUGCUUUUGCAUAGUAACACUUUUCUGAUUAUUAACUAAGACCACUUCACUUGUGGUGUAACCUCUUUCCAACCAUCUGAUGGAGCAGGGAGCUUUCAGCAAAGAAUUGGGCUUAAACUAGUGCUCUUAGCAUUAAUUUAAAGCAGAAUUGUGCCAACUAUUCCAGUAGGAAUACAGUGCUCUCUUGCUCUCUGAUGUGAGAAUUUGCUCUGAGUUGGAACUUGAUUUAA